AUGUUUCUUUUAGUUUUUAGGCACACACGCAUCUGUCGUCUCUCUCUCUCUCUUUUCUUGUGCACACACGCGAAAAGCUAUCACAGGAACAAGAACAAUGAAUUUCCUUCUCUCUCUCUCUCUUUACACAUACAGGAUCUAUCUAUCUAUCUAUCUAUCUACCUAAGUUUGUUUAAAUAUCUAUCUAUCUCAUUUGUCUGUCUGUCUGUCUGUCUGUCUAUCCAUAAUCUAUCUAUCUAUCUAUCCUAUCUCAGAACUUUACUUCUCUUUCUCCCCUCUCCUUCCCCGGAGACUCACCCACAUCAAUCCACAUCAUUUUUAACGACUCUACUUUUGUCUCGAAGUUCUCGCUGGAGUGAUGUGAGCAAACUACACAUGCAUGCCAUCAACAGCCAGACAGACUGCAAAUACCAGCUUUCUUUCUUUCUAUCUAUCUAUCUAUCUUUCUAUAUUUUCUCUCUUUUCCCUAUAUCUGGUUAUUCAGGGUUUUUUUUUUUAACUUUAUAUUUUUUCGCAUUUACUUUUUUAAUCAAUGUCUCCUCCAUUUCUUUGCAUUUUCUAUCCCCCUCUUCCUCUUUGUUCAUUUUUCUUCUUUUCUGCACCUCCUCCAUUCUUUCUCUCACUUCUUUUUCUCAUGACACCCUCACUUACUUCAUAUGUCUACACUCCCCACCCGAUUCUCCCCGAAACUUUUCUUCUAUCUCUCUACCACAUGUAAUUUUCCAACCCUUUCCCCUCUCUCUCACCCCCCCUCUCUCUCUCCCAUGUAAUUUUCCGACCCUGUCUUCUCUCUCUCUAUGCCAUCUAAUUUUCCGACACUUUCCUCUAUCGAUCUCUCUCUACACCCUAAUUUUCCGACCCCUUUCCUCUCUCUCUCUACACAAUCUAAUUUUUCCGACCUUUUUUGUCUAUCUAUCACUCUCUACACCGUCUAAUUUUCCGAACCUUUUCUUCUAUCUCUACACCAUCGAAUUUUCUAACCCUUUCCCCUUUCUCUCUCUCUCUACACCAUCUAAUUCUCCGACACUUUCCUCUAUCUCUCUCUCUCUACACCAUCUAAUUUUCCGACACUUUCCUCUCUCUCUCUAUACACCAUCUAAUUUUCCGACCCUUUCCUCUCUCUCUCUCUACACUAUCUAA